UCGGAGAUUUAGCACAAACGCCCCUACGCCUCGACACACGCGCUCUGACCUUCACCACGCUCCGGCCCCAGUGCCAGGAGUCUGAGUCCUUCUCCCUCCACGCCGCCAUGCCAGCGCUCCUGGUCGACACAAGCACGCGCCUGGCCUCAUCCAGCGAUGCCUCGACGCGCUCCCACCACUCGGCCAACCGCUCAAAGUCUCCUACCCCAGACCGCCCGCCCGUGUCGCCUCUCACGCCCACGGCCACUGUUGCCCAGCUAGCUCCGGUGGAGCGCAGCGAACCUCGACCCCGCCCUGCCCCUCCGCCCACGGCCACCUUCACACCACAGCCGCCCUCGGUCGCCAUCUCAGAGACGGACAACCCCGAUGCCAUUGCCUUGCGCUCCGCUAUAUCGCUCCUGCAGUUGCAGCGCGAGAAGAGCAAGCGCGACCUCAAGGCCCUCGAGGACCUCAAGGCCGCCGCCAUAGCCGACCCGCAAGCCUUUGCCCGCUCGCUCCAUGAACAGCGAGCACAGCAGUCGCACUCGUAUCAAGACAUGCUCACGCCCACUCUAUCUGGCCUCGGCCAUGACCAAGACGCCAGCGAUCCAGACGCUCGCAAGGACUCGACGCGCAAGGACACAGAGUCCAGUGCCCAAAGGUUCCCUCCCAUCCCACAGCCGCAAAACGUUGUGCGAUGUCCCCCCAUCAACUGGGACAAGUACCACAUCGUGGGCGAACCGCUUGACAAGAUGCACCAAGAGCAAAAGAGGUGGCCGGGUUCGGCAGAGCCUCCACGCACAAAGGCGGGACACCGCGCACCGCCCCAUUCAGUAGCGGCGCCAUACUCGCCAUUUACAGACGGAAUCAGCGCCCGCGCAUCUUCAUCGUCGUCAGCAACACCCCCACAACCACCAAAACACCCAAAAAAGUCUCCCUCGUAAGACGCGGCUACUGCUGAGCCGGCGGUCCCUGAUUCCACCCCCAACCGCCAUGCGCGGUACACAGUUCCUUAACCCUGAUUCCACAUUUGGCAUCAUUACACUUCAAAAUGAA